AUGCGACAGAGGGUAGGAAGAUCCAUAGCUAGGGCUAAAUUUAUAAACACAGCUUUAUUAGGAAGAAAGAGACCAGUAAUGGAGAAAGUCGUCGAUCUGACCGAUUUAGAUACAAGUCACACAAUCCAACCAUUGUUGAAAGAAUUGGAGACGGUCACAACUGAAGCACGGCAUGAAGUACUACAAAGUGUGUUAGAGAUAUAUGAAAAUGGUAGAAACCCUGACGGACCCACUCUCACGAAAGAGUUCCACAAGAUGUACUUAGAUGUUGCCUUUGAAAUUUCGUUACCUCCACAAAUGACCGCACUAGAUGCUUCUCAACCAUGGAUGCUAUAUUGGAUUGCUAAUUCUUUGAAGGUGAUGGACAAAGACUGGCUUUCAGACGGUGUCAAAAGAAAAAUUGUGAAUAAGCUUUUUUCCAUUAGUAGUUCAGGAGGACCCUUUGGUGGAGGACCAGGGCAAUUACCUCAUUUGGCCAGUACAUAUGCUGCAAUUAACGUUUUAUCACUUUGUGAUAAUAUAGAUGGCUGCUGGGACAGAAUUGACCGGAGAAGAAUUUACGAAUGGCUGCUGUCUUUGAAAGAACCUAAUGGAGGAUUUAAGACCUGUUUGGAAGUUGGAGAGGUAGACACAAGAGGUAUAUACUGUGCCUUAAGCAUUGCAGCACUAUUAAAUAUCCUUACAGAUGAACUUACUGAAGGUGUAUUGGGUUAUUUGAAAGAAUGUCAAAGCUAUGAGGGUGGAUUCGGCAGUUGUCCUCACGUAGACGAAGCACACGGAGGGUAUACUUUCUGUGCUACAGCAAGUCUAGCUAUUCUAAGAUCUUUGAAUGUGAUUAAUGUAGAAAAACUAUUAGAGUGGUGUAGUGCUCGUCAGCUACAAGAAGAGCGAGGAUUUUGCGGAAGAAGCAACAAACUUGUCGAUGGUUGCUACAGUUUUUGGGUUGGGGCCUCAGCUGCCAUACUUGAGGCAUUAGGGUAUGGCCAGUGUUUUGAUAAAAAUGCUCUCCGGGAAUAUAUACUAUUAUGUUGUCAAGAAAAAGAACAGCCUGGCUUGAGAGAUAAACCAGGAGCUCACUCUGAUUUCUACCAUACAAAUUAUUGCCUAUUAGGACUCGCAGUGACUGAGAGUUUAUACACUUGCGCUUCUAAUGAUCCUCCACAUAAAAUCAAAUGUAUUCCAAACCGUCAAAUUGUGUCAUCAGAACUUACCGAUGUCAACCCUGUCUACGGUUUACCAACAGAAAACGUAAGAAGAUUUAUACACUACUUUGAUUCCGGUUUACCUCCUUAA